AUGUCUGAGUUUGUAAACAUUGCUAUGGACUCGAAUAAAAAACCACUCCUCUUUCUAGACAUGAUACUGCAAGACUUUCCAACGGAACCCAUAAAAACCCUGGUGGAUUCAGGAGCCACUUCCAAUUUCAUAUCCCCUUCCCUAGUAGAAAAACUUAAAAUACCAAAAACCCAACUCAAAAAUCCACAAGUUGUGAGAAUGCUAGAUGGUACAAUAUCCCAGACUGGUCGCAUAUGGCACCAGGUACAACUCGCGGUUUUGGCCAAUGGCCACCCACAUACCAUUCCCUUCCUGGUCUGUCCCAUUGGAAACACUCCGGCAAUACUUGGCAUGACAUGGUUAACUCAGGAGUCACCUCUUAUUGACUGGUCCCAAGGCACCAUCACAUUCCCUGACCAAGCCCAAAUAGCCUCAGAAGAAGAAGCAGAUCCCAACCCAUUAGCCGACCUGCCCACGGAAUACCAUGAGUUUGCUAAAGUCUUUGGCAAAGAGGAAUUUAAGGUCCUCCCCCCACACAGGGAGUAUGAUAUUGCCAUUGACCUAAUUCCCGACGCCAAACUCACUCCUGGACCCAUCUACGGCAUGACGGACGCAGAAUCCAAGGCGCUUAAACUACAUAUUGAGGAGGAAUUAGCAACGGGCAAGAUCCGCCCCAGCACUUCCUCCGCAGGCGCCCCUGUAAUGUUUGUUAAGAAGGCGGAUGGAUCCCUGAGGCUCGUAGUAGACUAUCGAAAACUCAACGAUGUCACCCAUAAGAACGUCUACCCUCUUCCCAGGCAAGAUGACUUAAUGGCCAAGCUUAGGAAUGCAAAACUGUUUACCAAACUGGAUCUACGAUGGGGUUACAACAACGUCAGGAUUAGAGAAGGAGAUGAAUGGAAAACGGCAUUCAGAACCAAAUACGGGCUAUUCGAAUACCUGGUAAUGCCAUUUGGCCUCACCAACGCCCCUGCCGCCUUCCAGCAUUUCAUGAAUGACUUGUUUAGGGACCUCAUCGACGUCACCGUGGUGAUAUACUUGGAUGAUAUUUUGAUCUUCUCUGAAAACCCCAAAGAACACCCAUCUCAUGUCAGGGAAGUCCUGUCCUGGCUAUUGAAGAAUCAACUAUUCUGCAAACUAUCCAAGUGCCACUUCCACGUCACCACGGUAGAUUACCUUGGUAUUGUUAUCUCCCCCGCCGGCUUCUCCAUGGACCAGAAGAAGAUCGAAGCCGUUACUACGUGGCCCACACCUAAGACGGUCAAACAGGUCCAGGCCUUCUUAGGGUUUGUUAAUUACCUUCAACGGUUCAUCCCCAAUUUCAGUACGGUAGCACGCCCCCUCCAUAAUCUCACAAAGAAGGAAUCCCCUUGGUCAUGGGGAAAUUCAGAGGAAACUGCGUUCAAGGAAUUAAAGGCAUUGGUCACUCAAUCCCCGGUCCUGAUCCACUCCAAUCCCGAGCUCCCCUACUACCUGGAAACAGACGCUUCGGGAGUAGCGAUGGGCGCCAUCUUGAGUCAAAGAGGUCCAGAUAACCGGCUGCAUCCCAUUGCCUAUAUGUCCAAGUCCUUCUCAGGAGCAGAAGCCAAUUACAACACCCACGAUAAGGAGCUCCUGGCCAUCAUCAAAGCGCUAGAGGAAUGGAGGAUAUUCUUGGAAGCAACGGACAAACCGGUACAGGUCUUCACGGAUCAUAGGAAUCUGGAGUAUUGGAUGCAGGCACAAACAUUUAACCGGAGGCAUGCCCAAUGGCGCAUAUUCCUGAGCAAUUUCAACUUUGAGAUCCACUAUCGCCCAGGAAAGCAAUCAGGGAAACCAGACGCCCUGUCCAGACGAUUGGACUACGUUGAUACAUCACCAGAACCAGAGGUAAUGCUCCCCGCAGAGGUCUUUGCCAAUACAUCAGAAGAGGAACUGGAAAUUGUCACAGAAAUACGCUCCAAGCUAAGGGAAGAUCCAUCCCUUGAGCCUAUCAUCCAAUUCCUAACUGAAGACGCGGAUAACGCUCCCCCCUCCAUUCGGAAGGCUUACAGAGACUACGACUGGGAGGAAGACCUACUAUGGUAUCGAGGGAAACUUGUGGUUCCGGACUCAGAAGCCCUGAAGGAACGAUUACUCAGGGAAUUCCAUGACUCCCCACUAGCGGGUCACCCAGGCCAACAAAGGACCCUGGAGCUCUUGAGCCGCAACUACUGGUGGCCGGGAAUGAAGUCAUCCGCCAAGAAUGGCCCUAAAACCCUUAGAAAAGGACAUGAUGCAAUCCUGGUAGUCAUUGAUUCGUUCUCCAAAUUAGGCCACUUCAUCCCUACCUCGAAAAAGGUUUCAGCAAAGGGCUUGGCUGAUCUCUUUGUCUCCCACAUCUGGAAACUUCAUGGGCUCCCCGUCAAAACUAUAUCAGAUCAAGGGACUACAUUCACAGGGAAAUUCCUUAGGGCCCUCUACCAACGAUUAGGGAUUAAACCUUCCUUCUCCUUGGCCUACCACCCUGAAUCAGACGGCCAGACGGAACGUGUCAACCAAUUUAUCAAGUUCUACCUAAGGUCUUAUGUAGCAGCAGAUCAUUCAGAUUGGGUUAAGUGGUUACCACUUGCGGAGUAUGCCUAUAACAACGCCAAGCAUUCAGCUACUGGAAAAACCCCAUACCCUAGCCAGGAAUGGAAGGAAGCCGAAGCAGCCCUUAGAAUGAGCAAGGAACGGAUGACAAGGGAUAAAGGAACAGUCCCGGAAUAUUCAAUAGGGGAAAAAGUCUGGUUAGAUGGAAAAAACGUAGAACUUAGGACAAAUUCCAACAAGUUAGACCCCAAGUGCCUAGGCCCCUUUGAGGUAUUAGAGAAGGUAUCCAGUCACACGUACCGCCUCAAACUGCCGGAAACCCUAAAAAUCCACAACGUAUUCUAUGUGGGUUUGUUAUCCAGGGUACACAUAUCCCCAAGUCAACCAUUUCCAGAAAAACCCCCUCCUGAAACAAUAGAAGGGGAAGAAGAGUAUGAGGUGGAACAAAUUAUCGAUUCCAAAAGACAACGGGGAAAAUGGUUCUACCUAAUCAAAUGGAAGGGUUAUGGCCCGGAAGACAAUUCCUGGGAACCAGAAGAACUCCUAGAGCACAGCCAAGAGGAAAUCCAACGAUUCAACAAGUCACAACUGAAAAAGGCUCGUGACUCCGCCAAGAGCCUUUAA